AUGGAUCUAGCCGGCCUGUCACAGCUUCAGACCGAAGCCGUCAAUCCCCGGACGGCGCAGAUCGAUCAGCUCUCGACCCUGGAGAUGUGCCGAUUGAUCAACGAAGAAGAUCACCGCGUCGCGCCUAGUGUCACAGCAUGCCUCCCCGACAUUGUCGCUGCAAUUGAUGCGCUAACUCCGCGCGUGCGAAAUGGUGGACGAGUCAUCUACGUGGGUGCAGGGACAAGUGGAAGACUCGGGAUCCUCGAUGCAUCCGAGAUCCCUCCGACAUUUGCUGCUCCGCCAUCGCAGUUUGUCGGGCUGAUCGCGGGCGGCGAUGCUGCCAUUCGACGAGCUCAAGAAGGAGCCGAAGACAGUGUCGCUGCUGGUGAGGCCGACAUGGAAGCUCUGAACCUCAACCCGGGCCUCGACAGCGUCAUCGGCAUAGCUGCGUCCGGUCGUACACCCUACGUCCUUGGAUGUUUGGCAUGCGCGAAGAAGAUUGGCUGCCUCACCAUCGGUGUGGUCUGCGCGUCGCCCUCGGCAAUAGGGACGUCGGGGACUGUUGACUUCCUGAUUGCUCCGCUACCGGGGCCGGAGGUUGUGACGGGCAGCACCCGGUUGAAGGCGGGAACGGCUACCAAGCUGGUGCUGAAUAUGCUUAGCACUGGUACCAUGAUCCGGACGGGCAAGACUUAUGGAAAUCUGAUGGUAGAUCUUGUAGCCUCCAAUCUGGAGCUGGAACAACGAUCGCGCAAUAUUCUGCGAAGGCUGAGUGCACGCUGCGCCGGUAUGACGGACGCGGAGCUGGACACGUUGUUGGCAAGAUGCAAACGAAAGGUAAAAUUAGCUCUUCUCGUGGCCGAAACGGACCCGGUUGAACAUUGCGAGGAGAGGUUGGCAUCUGCUGGGGGUGUGCUCGCCAAUGCUCUAGAGACAUCUUUGGCCAAGGAUGUACAGUCCCCUGCGAAAGACAGGCAAUAUGUACUCUGCAUUGACGGCGGAGGGACCAAGUGCGCGGCCGUCAUCGCGGACCUGGAAGGCAGCGUUGUCGGGCGAGGGACGACCGGCCCGUGUAAUCUGACUGAUGGCAACAGCGUGGGGGAGGUAGUUCAGACGCUCAUCACUGCUACAAAGGACGCUUUGUCCACCAUUCCUUCCUCGGAGUGCCAUCUCCAGUCUCUUUUCAAGUCAGUCUGGAUUGGUUUGGCGGGCAUUGACCGGAAGAACUUCCGGGAGUCCCUUUUACCAAAAAUCUGCGUGCUCUUUGGAUUGACGGAGGAGGAGAUCCGUCUAACAAACGACGUGGAUCUGCUGGCGGCCGCUGCAAGUCCCCACCAAGACUGUUCAUCUCCAGUCGUCGUCAUUGCUGGCACCGGGAGCGUCGCCAUGCGAUACAAUCGAAGUGACGACGGCAAUGAGUACUCCCGAGUCGCUCGAUCCGGCGGCUGGGGACACAUCUUGGGUGAUGAAGGGGGCGGAUAUGCCAUCGGGCUGGAAGCCAUCAAAUACACCUUGGCCUUUGAGGAGGCAGUCCUCAAACGACUGGGAUGUGUCAACUGCGGGCCAAAGCAGAUUGAUCUCGUCAGUGAGAUCCUGGUUCAACAGCACAAGCAGAUGAUCAAAUCUCGGAUUGCAGGUGUUGCCGAGGUACUCAGCCUGAACGGACAGGAUGACACUGCCUCGGACAUUGUCGGUCGACAAAUUGACUAUUUGGCAAGUCGGACCGUAGGACGUCUGUUAGAUCCUACUUGUGCUGGAUACGUCCCUACAGAGCAUACCGGUCUGAUCUUUUCUGGCAGCAUUUCCAACAAUCAGCCUUACCAGGAUCAAUUCCUGCAUGUCCUUACGAAGAAAGGGGCCCGGUUCGGCUAUAUCGAGAGUGUAUCUGAUGCAGGCCUCUUGGGCGUAAACCGUCUGAUAUCGUCUUGA